AUGAUUGUAAGCGUCGUUGUGGGUUACAAGAAUCUUCCGUGCCGCAAGGGCGAAUGGAGUUCGAAAUGUGAUGGCUCUAAGAGUGCGGCAGAGACAAACGACCUCAGUCAAGAAAGGGAGGCCAUUGUUGCCAGGCAAAAUUUUGAUACUGACCGAUAA